UGGAGUAACCCAAAUUGCAACCUCUUACGAUCGAAAAAACUAUGGGGCUAAAUAAAAUAGGACGAAAAGAUAAUCUAACAGUGUGAGUGCAAAAAAAAACUCUAAAAACACAAGUGAAGUGAUAAAACGAAACUUUAUCAGUAAAAUGACACUAGAACACUUUUUGAGCGCGACGAAGUACCACAGAAAUAUCAUAGUCAGUCAAGCCAAUACAUGGACGUUUAAACUAUCAUUUUGUGACUGGUACUUCUGACAGUGACUUCAAAAAUUCCAAGAAAAGGCUGUGAUAUCACUACAAGUCAUUUAAAAGUACUAGCGCCCUCUGUCAUUCGAAAUAUUGAAAACAACGCCAUCUAUUGAGUGGGGUUUGAAAACUUUGUGGAACGUUGCGUCGCCAUCUAGCGGUGGCGAGCUGAACUUGCAAGGGAGUUGUAGCGCCAUCUGUUGGUGUGUGCCGUCAAGCUGUCGAACAUGGUUGAGGAUACGGCUCAGCAGCAGGACAGGGUGUCCGCUGCUGCGGUUCUCCAGUUUGCUGCGAGAGAAGCGAGGGAGGGAAGGAGGUUCACCGAGUUUGGGGCGCAUGCGUUCGCCAGCAUCACUUACAAUGCUUACGCGGCUCUGAGCGAUAUGGGCGGCAGCGGCACCAGCUCGUCUUCUUCACACAUGUCUCCCGGCUGGCAGGUCAAUGACCUGGAUCUGGAUCUGCCCGGAGAGCUGUCUAUGAAUACUCUCCCUUACCGCAGCGAGGCGCUGCUGUCGCUGCCGUCUCUGGCAGUCUUCAAGCAGGAGGCUCCUUCUCCGACUGGCGCUGUGCUGUCUCCGCCACGACGCGUGUGGCCGCCGAGAAGACCUGAUGAUAGACAGAUCAGUGUGGAUUUUACCGAGUUACACCAGAGCCAGGCGGUUUCUGACAGGGAUUUCAAGAAUAUAUGGGAGAUCACGAGCAUGGUGGUGGACAGCAACCGCGAUGCCAUGGAAGAGGGCAGCUGUCAGCAGUCCCCCCCACAUAACGGGAAUAUGAUCGUGCAACAUGGCAGCCCAGAGAGCAUGCAAUGCCAGCCGACCAUGCCACCAGGCACCAUCGUACCCAUCAACGGAUAUCACUCACCAAAUGCUCAGGAAAACAAGAAUGCAGGAUUGCUGAUGUGUUCUCCCGUGGGCUCGCUGGACGGGUUCCUCCACUCGCCCAUACAGACACGCUCCGAACCCAGCUUCAAGGAUGAUACCAGAUUCCAAUACGUCCUAGCAGCAGCGACAUCUAUAGCCACUAAACAGAACGAGGAGACGUUGACGUAUCUGAACCAGGGUCAGCCGUAUGAGAUCAAACUCAAGAAGUUAGGAGAUCUGUCGCAUUAUAAGGGGAAGAUUUUGAAGAGCGUGAUCAAAAUCUGUUUCCACGAGCGUCGCCUUCAGUAUAUGGAGAGAGAGCAAAUUGCGCAGUGGCACAACGAGAGACCCGGAGAGAGAAUUGUGGAGGUGGACGUCCCUCUCUCAUACGGAGUGAUUCGCGUGGAACAGCCGGCUUGUCUGAACGCUCUGCAUGUCUUCUGGGACCCCACUAAAGAUGUCGGCGUUUAUAUCAAGGUGAACUGCAUAUCAACAGAAUUCACAGCCAAGAAGCACGGUGGUGAGAAGGGCGUCCCCUUCCGCAUACAGGUGGAGACUUACCUCGCUAGCGACGAACAUAAUAGGCUGCAUGCGGCUGCUUGCCAGAUUAAGGUAUUCAAACUGAAAGGAGCGGACAGGAAACACAAGCAGGAUCGCGAGAAGGUCAUGCGCAGACCUCGCACUGACUUGGAGAAGUACCAGCCAGGGUGUGAAGCUACUGUUCUUACUACGCUGUCAAACGAUGCUCUGAUGCCGCCGCCAUCUUUGGUGACCACCUCCCCACCGUACUCGCCUGAAAUGUGUGUGGCCCCCAAGGCUGUAGCAAGCCCAAUAGUGGUCAACAAACCAGUUCUACCACACAAUGCAAUUCUUGCCGCCAACAAUCAAAUGAAGCCGUCUUAUUGCCAAGAUAACGACGUGAAAGUGAACUCACCUCCGUGCCACUCGCCCGGAGCCAUACUGCCUGACCUACCGCAACCCGCUGAGGAUCCGGAGAAGAGCUCCGGCCUAUCAAAGGAAGCCACCUCGUCUGAGACGCAGGCGUGGCUCGCGCGUCACCGCUUCGCGCAUCACGCCGCUACAUUCACCAACUUCUCCGGAGCUGAUCUGCUCAGGUUGUCCCGUGACGAUAUAAUACAAAUCUGCGGUUUGGCAGACGGUAUUCGUCUAUUCAACGCUCUACAUGCCAAACGCAUAGAACCCCGACUGACAGUAUACGUAUGUGCAGCCGGUAGCAACAUCUACAGCGCACUAUAUCUACACGCGUGUCGAGCCCAGGAGCUACUGCACAAGCUCAACUCGCUGCUGCAUGCUUCCAAGGAAUGCGAGUCAGUCCUAGUAUCAGGCCCCAACGGCGCCCGCGUCCGUCUGACGGACGAGCUUGUCCGUCACAUGCCGGACAACUCGACAUACCGUUUGGAGCGGUUGGACGACUGCGGCGCGUUGCUGCUUUGUGCUACUAAUAAUAAUUAAAUUAAAUAUAUACAAAGUGAUAUACUACUCGUCAAGUACUGGUAAAUAUAGGAUUUGAAAUUUUUCACUAAAAUUUUGGUACUACCUUUCAUAGGUAUCACCAAAAUACUCAUCUAUAAUUAUAAAAAUUAAUGUCACUUUUCGUUGUAAUUAUAUAACUCAAGAAUGAGCUCACCUAGCCAAACUAAAUAUUUAGGCUUCGUUCGGACUAUUUAGUAGAUGGUUUAUGUGAAGUUUGCAUUAGUUCGGUUGAGCGGUUCUUCAUUUAUCACAGUUUUUAAAACAAAAUUGUGGAAUUUAUACGUAGCGAAGCACAUACCUCUUUUAGUCUAUUUUACCAACUAAUAUGAAUUUGUUUUGACGAGUAGUUUAAUCAGCCCUUCAGUAUAACUGGGCAAAACCAAAAAGUCUUACAAAGUUGUUGAGACAAGAAUAUUUACCAAAUAAAUUUUCCUAUAUAGGAAUUUAAACUUGGACUUUGAAAUGUGAACAAAAUGUGUGUUCAAAAGCAUUGUUAUAUGCAACUGUGUAUAUAAGUAUUUUUUUACCCGAUUUCGGAGAAGUUUUGUGUAUGCCGAUGCAAGGCCUUUAGUGCCGAUAAGCAUUUAAUGUCGUACUCGACAUAAUAUUAAACCCUAAAUUGUGGGUUUUCUAUGAACUGAGUUUUCUUUUGGAAAAUAAAACGUGUGUUGUAAAAACACAAGAUUGGACUGUGACUAUACCUAAACAAUAUAUGUAUUGGAUAUAAUAUUAUCCAAUUAUAAUUGAGAGAGAUAUUUUUUCAACCGUAUAGGCGUCUAUUCACUAUAACUUUAAUAAGUAAAAUGAAUAGACAUUAAAGUAGUUAAUACUACUCUUACCCGACUACGGCUAAGCCAAAAGGGUAAUAUUUUCAAGGAUUUGACAUUAAAACAAAAAUCAUUUGUGUUAUCAAGUAUGUAGUCUAGAAAUUGGAAUGUAAAGGAAAGUGUUUUCGAAAAACAGGGGCCAUGAAGUAUUCUUGUCAUUAAAAAUCACCUCAUUCAUUAAUUUUUACUCAAAAUAUUUUACUUUUUAUUAAAUUUCUAUAUUACUGUAUGCUUAUAUGUGUAGAUUGUAAGAGAUUUUGAGCAGUUUUCAAAUAAACUGUUUAGUUCUUUAAUUGCUAUGGUUAAAGUUAAUGUAUUUUUUGUUUAUAAUAAUGUAAACUAAUACUUGAAAUUAUUAACAGGCUUUCAUAUUGUUUUUUUGUUCUGUAAAUCUGUAAAAUAGUCUUUUAUAGUUUCAAAUUAAACCCAGUCUAGACAACCAGAGGUAUCGGGUUGCCCGGGUAACUGGGUUGAAGAUGUCAGAUAGGGCAGUCGCUCCUUGUAAAACACUAGUACUCAGCUGCAUCCGGUUAGACUGGGAGCCGACCCCAACAUAGUUGGGAAAAGGCUAGGCCUUCUUGGCAAAAAUAUGUGUGACUAAAUAAAUACAAUAAUAUUUUGAAAACAAUUCCCAAGUACAAAUGUGACUAAAAAAACAAUUAGUUUACAUUAUUAUGAAGUUAAUUAUAAAAUGGUUAAGUUUUAUUCCGUAUUAUUAAAUAAUCGUGGAGAAUUGAUUGUUUUAGAAUAUCGAAGAUAGCCAUGGGUUAUGUGUUAAAGAUUAAUAUUGUUUGUUUAGAAUGAGCGAGACCUUUGAUAAAAACAUAUUUUCAAAAAUGUGCAAAAAAAUAAGUUUAUAUAAAUGAUGAUAUUUAAAAAAAAUUGCUGUUGACAGCUUAUUAUUUUUAGAUUUAUUCUAAAUUAUACAAUUUAUAUAUUGAAAAAAGGUCUCGCAAAAAUAUGGAUGUCGUAAAAUUAUAGGCAGCUACACACCAUCACUAAGUUAGUUAGCUUUAAUUCGGUUGUUAUGUAAUCACAGAUUAUAAUUGUUAUCUAAGAUUAUUUUACGCCUUGUGGCUUGCAUGUUAUUAUAAAUAAAUGAUAUUUUUAUUUUCUAAAUAAGUUUCAAGUUUUUCAUAUCAAAUAGAGGCAAAAAAUUACCCUGAAAAUGGGUAAUUUCUCAACAAAGCGUUUUCACCCCAAUAUGGGUCUAUAUUUCAAUAGUAAAGAUAUACUAAAACCCCCUUACUCAUAAACGUGAAUUAAAUAUAAGUAAUACUUAAGGGCUGUUUAAGAAAAUUCUUACUUAUAAACUUUGCUUAAGCAUGUCUUAACUAACAUUUAAUCACUACUUAAGACUUUAAGUAGUGAUUAGUUAAAAUGUUGCUUAGAAGGUGAUUAGAGAUUUUAUAAGUAAGGGGGUUAUGUUUUUAUGUACAGUAUAAAUAGUUAUUCACAUUGUUAAUUGGUGAAAAAAAAACUUUUUACCCAACUGCUGAGAAGGGUAUGUUUUUCUUUACAAAAGGUGCCUUAAAUAGUGCCUAACACGACCUCUGAGGUCCGCGCUGUUGUUUACGGAGUAUUAUCGAUAAAUAUUUUAUAAGAUUUUAUUACAAUAUAAAUUGAUUAGAUAAUAUGUUGCAUGAUUUAGUUGUAGUCAAAUGUAUGAAGUAUAUAGUCAAUAAAUGUAUAAAGACGA